AAGGGGGAACACCAGACAGAAAUCAUGGGAGCUUUCCUCACUUUGUCCACCUCUGCUGCUGUCAUUCUCCUGGCAAUUCAUGGAGGUUUGUGUGUGGAUAUCAUUGGAGGAAAUGAAGUAGCACCACACUCGAGACCAUUUAUGGCCCUAAUCAACGGAGCAAAUGGAAAAUCUAUUUGUGGAGGAGCUUUGAUCAAGGAAAACUGGGUGUUAACAGCUGCCCACUGUAAUGUGGAAGGAGGCAAAGUUAUUCUUGGAGCUCAUUCGCAGAAAGCAAGAGAAAGAGAAAAACAGGUUUUUCAGAUUGCAAAACAAAUUCGCUACCCAUGCUACUGUUCCAGCUGUAAGGAAAACGACAUUAUGUUGCUGCAGCUUCAGAAAAGAGCUAGACUUAAUAAAGCUGUGCAACUCAUUCCCCUGCCUACCUCAGAUGAUGAUCCCAAACCAGGAACAAUUUGCACAGUAGCAGGAUGGGGACAAACUCACAAUCGUCUGAGAAAGUCUUCUGAUACCCUGAGGGAGGUCAAUAUCACUGUCAUCAGUAGACAAAUCUGCAACGACAACAAUCAUUAUAAAAACAACCCUGUUAUAACAGACAACAUGAUAUGUGCAGGGGCUAAGAAUGGCGGAAAGGACUCAUGUUCUGGGGAUUCUGGCGGACCUUUAAGAUGCAAUAAUGUGAUGAGAGGCAUCACUUCUUUCGGGAAGGCAAACAAGUGUGGUAGUGUUGAUGGCCCUGGUGUCUACACUCGACUCACAAAACAAUAUCUUCAGUGGAUAAGGAAAACCAUAGGGGGAGCCUAA